GAAGAAGACAGCUGAGAGAAGAAGAAGAAGAAGAAGAGGAAAGUUUUUGUGGAGGAAUCAUCAACAUGCCGUGUGAGAGGAAGCCGAUGCGCUACGGUCACUCCGAGGGACACACCGAGGUCUGCUUCGAUGACCACAGUAGGUUCAUCGUCACCUGUGGAAACGACGGAGAUGUUCGGAUUUGGGAAAGUCUGGAUGACGACGACCCCAAGUUCAUCACCGUGGGCGAGAAGGCGUAUUCCCUCGCCCUGAAGAACGGGAAGCUGGUGACGGCGAGCUCCAACAACACGGUGCAGAUCCACACGUUUCCCGACGGCGAGCCCGACGGGAUCCUGACCCGCUUCACCACCAACGCCACGCACGUCACCUUCAACAGCAGCGGCUCCAGGGUCGCCGCCGGGUCCAGCGACUUCCUGGUCAAGGUGGUGGAGGUGUCGGACAGCAGCCAGCAGAAGACGCUGCGGGGUCACGAGGCGCCGGUCCUCAGCGUCACCUUUGACCCCAAAGAGGACUUCCUGGCGUCUUCCAGCUGUGACGGUUCUGUGGUCGUCUGGAACAUCGAGGAGCAGACUCAGGUGGUCAGCUGGCCUCUGCUGCAGAAGACCAACGACGUCAGCAAUGCAAAGUCUCUGUGUCGGCUGGCGUGGCAGCCCCGGGCGGCAAAGUUUCUGGCAGUUCCCGUCGACACCAAGGUUCACCUGUACGAGCGAGGGACCUGGGACCAUGUGAGCACUCUGACUGACGACCUGCUCACUCAGCCGGUCAACGUGGUGGCCUGGUCCCCGUGUGGACAGUUCCUGGCAGCCGGCAGCGUGGGGGGUGCACUGACCCUGUGGGACGUGAGCAGCAAACUGUGUGUGGAACGGCAGAAGCACGAGAAAGGUUUCACGGUGUGCGGCCUGGCCUGGCAUCCGUCCGGGAGCCAGAUCGCCUACACGGACACCGAGGGCUGCCUGGGUCUGCUGGACGGACUCGGCGUCUCCACGGCCGACGCCAGCGUCCCCAAGGCUGCGGUGAAAAAAACAGUGAAGGACUACGACGCCUUGUUCGAUGACGAUGAUGAUGACGACCGGGUGAUGGACGAAGGACUGAGCGACACCAGCUCGCCGGUGAAGAAACGAGUGGCGGCGGACGAAGACGAGGACGACGAGGAUGAUGUCCUCAUUCCCUCGACUGGACGCGUCCGGAACCGAGGAGCGAUCCUGGACGACGAGAACUCGCUGGACACCGGAUCCCUGAAGCUCGGUCCGGACGCGUUCAGGGACGACGACGACGACACCGGCAGCGCCGUGGUUCCUCGGUCCGUGCCCCUGGCGCCCCCCCGCCCCGUCUACGAGGGUCCGAUGCCCAGUGCUCCUCAGAAGGCGUUCCAGUCCGGCUCCACCCCCGCACACCUCACGCACCGCUUCAUGAUGUGGAACUCUGUGGGAAUCGUGCGCGGUUACAACGACGAGCAGGACAACGCCAUCGACGUGGAGUUCCACGACACGGCCGUGCACCACGCCAUGCACCUCACCAACUCCCUGGGUCACACCAUGGCUGAUAUUUCCCAGGAGGCCGUGCUGCUGGCGUGCUCCAGCACAGACGAGCUCGCCAGUAAGCUGCAGUGCCUCCACUUCUCGUCCUGGGACACCAAUAAGGAGUGGAUGGUGGACCUGCCGGCGGGCGAGGACGCCCGGGCGCUGUGUCUGGGGGCGGGCUGGGCGGCGGUCGCCACCAGCACGCUGAUGCUCCGCCUCUUCUCCAUCGGAGGCGUUCAGCGAGACAUCUUCAGUCUCCCAGGACCGGUGGUGUGCAUGGUCGCACACGGAGAGCAGCUGCUCAUCGUCUACCACCGGGCGACAGGUUUCGACGGGGAACAAGCGCUCGGCGUCCAGCUGCUGCAGUUCGGUCGCAGAAAGAGACAAAUCAUGAACGGCGAGCCGCUGCCUCUGUCUCUCCGAUCCCACCUGACCUGGCUGGGCUUCACUGCUGAGGGCACGCCUUGCUACGUGGACUCGGACGGCGUGGUGCGGCUGCUGAACCGCUCGCUGGGAAACACGUGGACUCCAGUGUGCAACACCAGAGAGACGUGCAAGAGCAGGUCGGACCACUACUGGGUGGUCGGCGUGCACGAGAACCCUCAACAGCUCAGGUGUAUUCCAUGUAAGGGCUCCAGGUACCCCCCCACCCUGCCCAGACCUGCUGUGGCCAUCCUGCCCUUCAAGCUGCCGCUGUGUCAGACCGCCACCGAGAAAGGACAGAUGGAGGAGCAGUUCCUGCGUUCAGUCCUCUUCCACAACCACUACAGCUUCCUGUCGUCCAGCGGCUACGAGAUCGACGAGGACGGACAGAGCCGCUCGCAGAAGGAGCAACAGGAGCUGCUCAUGAAGAUGUUCGCAUUGUCCUGUAAGCUGGAGAGGGAGUUCCGCUCCGUGGAGCUGGCCGAGCUGAUGACUCACAACGUGGUGACUCUGGCCAUUCGGUACGCGUCCCGGUCCCGACGCAUGAACCUCGCCCAGCGGCUCAGCGACAUGGCCCUGGAGAGAGCCAACCAGAUCCAGGAGGAGGAGCCGGAGGAGCAGGACCAGGAGCCGGAGCACAAGGCCAUCAGACGGAACUCUGGGUAUGACCAGAGCGAGGUCACAGGAGGACGUCACAGCAACAGACACAAUCAGGAGGAGGAAGAGGAGCAAGGACAGGAGCUCGGGGAGGAAGAGGACGGACAGGAGAUGGAGACGGAGGAGACGCCAGAAAGCAGGAAACGUGUGAAUCCAUUCGCCAAAGAAGCUGUUUCACCGGUGAUGCCGUCUCUGACACCAAUUGGUAAAGUAGGACGUUCAAAUCCCUUCAAGGUCUUUGGAUCGGGGAAAGCGUCGGCUGCGUCCGGUCAGAAUCGAGGGACCAACAUCCUGGACAACAUGGCGUCCAGCAGGAAGUCGGCUCCGCCCGGCGGCUCUGCAGGGAAACCCGGCAAAGGUCCCGUCCUCAAACCUCUGGCCCCGAGACCCAAGUCCAAGACCCAGUCCACCCUGCUCCAGAUGACCGGCACAAAAACAGCCAAUAAGAAGCCUCAGGGGAGCACGGAGCCGGCGGCGGAUCAGAGGAAACAAGCCGAGGUCCCGCCUCCAGCCUCGCCGGCAGAUGACAGCGACAACAAGAGACCCAAGACGGGGUUCCAGCUCUGGCUGGAGGAGAACAGGAAGAGCAUCGUGUUCGACCAGCCGGACAUGGAGGAGACGGAUGUGAUCAGAGAGGCCAUGGGACGCUUCAGGACGCUGUCAGCGGAGGACCGACUGGCGUGGACGGAGCGAGCGAAAGGUCCAAGCGGAGACGACCUGAAGAAGAGGAAACGAGCCGGAGGAGAAGAUGUGGGAGGUGAAAACGGACGAGAAGAAGCCGAGGAAAACGAUGCCAAGAAGAAGAAGAAGAAGCCUUUGGACUCCGCCUCCAAACUGUCAGCGUUUGCCUUCGACAAAAACUGAACAUGUUUCCGACAGUUUCUCGUUGGUUAAAGGUUCGAUGUGUUUAUUGAGAACUUUCCAUCCUGACGUCUCUGAGACCUCAAAUCACAACGUUGUGAAGGAUCAGAGACUUUCAUCAGCUCCUGUAUGUGUCAGUGUUUGUGGAUUUAAUAUUAUGUUUCUAGAAAAACUG